AUGUCUCUUGUUGGCUUCAUAGGGCUAGGAAACAUGGGAGGCCAUAUGGCCAGAAAUCUCAUGAAGAAUGGGCAUAAACUUAUCAUCUUCGAUGUUAACAAGAAAACCGUUGAUCAGUUCAAGGCUGAAGGUUGUCAAGUUGCUACACAUCCUGCCGAAAUAGCCGAAGCCUCCAAGAGCAUCAUCACUAUGCUCCCCAGUUCUCCACACGUCCGUGAAGUCUACGGAGGAGACUCAGGGCUUUUGAAGAAAAUGCAGAAAGACACUUUGUGCAUCGAUUCUUCAACCAUCGAUCAAGUUGCUUCCAUCGAGGUUGCCGGCUGGUGCGAUGCAAAAUCUAGUAAAUACAUCGAUGCCCCUGUAUCUGGAGGAGUUGGAGGUGCUGAGGCUGGAACUCUCACUUUCAUGGUAGGAUCCGGUAAUUGUUCCAAGACUUUUGCCAGAGCUUCUGAGCUUCUCAAACUUAUGGGUAAAAACAUUGUUGACUGUGGCAACGUAGGAAGUGGACAGGCUAUCAAGAUCUGCAACAACAUGCUUCUGGCUAUUGAAAUGGUCGGAGUUGCUGAAACUAUGAACUUGGGUAUCCAAAUGGGAUUAGACCCUAAGCUUAUGGCUAAAGUUAUGAGUACUUCCACCGGUAGAUGCUGGGCUAUGGACACCUACAAUCCAGUCCCAGGAGUAUUCCCUGACAUUCCACCCAGCAAAGGUUAUCAAGGAGGUUUUGGCAGUGCUUUGAUGGCAAAGGAUCUUUCCCUUGCUCAAAAUGCUGCCACGAGUGUUCAGGCUCCCGCCCCCUUGGGUUCAUUAGCACACCAGAUUUACCGCCUUCUUGCUCAGUCGCCAGAGUAUGCUGGAAAAGACUUCGGAAUUGUCUAUAAAUUCUUGAAAGACCAGCAGGCUAAGUAA